AUGUCUUCGAAGAGUGAACUAAAGAAACUGUCCGAGGAGAGUCUAACCAGACAACCGGAAGAAGUUUUUGAUAUCAUCUGCAAAUUAGGAGAAGGAUCUUAUGGAUCUGUAUACAAAGCAUUACACAAGGAAAGUGGACAAGUUCUUGCUAUUAAACAAGUUCCUGUUGACACUGAUCUUCAAGAAAUAAUCAAAGAAAUAUCAAUUAUGCAACAAUGUGAUUCUCCAUAUGUAGUCAAAUAUUAUGGAAGUUAUUUUAAAAAUACAGACCUUUGGAUUGUUAUGGAAUAUUGCGGAGCUGGUUCAGUCAGUGAUAUUAUGAGGUUGAGAAAAAAGACAUUACAAGAAGAUGAAAUAGCAACCAUUUUGAGUGACACGCUGAAAGGUUUAGAAUAUCUACAUUUAAGAAGAAAAAUUCACAGGGACAUCAAAGCAGGGAAUAUUUUGUUAAAUAAUGAAGGCCAUGCCAAAUUAGCAGAUUUUGGUGUUGCAGGUCAACUAACGGACACAAUGGCAAAACGAAACACAGUCAUAGGCACUCCAUUUUGGAUGGCUCCAGAAGUAAUUCAAGAAAUUGGUUAUGAUUGUGUGGCAGACAUUUGGUCCUUAGGAAUUACGGCUUUAGAAAUGGCUGAAGGAAAACCACCUUAUGGCAGUAUCCAUCCCAUGAGAGCAAUUUUCAUGAUUCCAACAAAGCCACCACCCAGCUUUCGAGAACCUGAUCAAUGGAGUCCAGAGUUCAUUGAUUUUGUUAGUAUGUGCCUUGUAAAAAAUCCUGAAGAAAGAGCAACUGCCAGUGAAUUAUUAAAUCAUGAAUUUAUUGGCAAUGCUAAACAACCUGGUAUUUUAAGUCAAAUGAUAGCAGAGGCUCAUGAAAUUCGAGAAAAACAAAGUACGAAUCGUGUUCAAAUUAUCAAUAAUGUGGCUAUCAAAGGACAAACAAAUGCUGAAGAUUCUGAUGAUGAUGAUUGCACUGGAACAAUGAAACCAUUACCAGAAGAUGGAACUCUUGUACCAAGUCAUGAUUUAACAGAUACUGGAACACUAACAUCUGCAAUGUUAGAUUUGGGAACUAUGGUCAUUAAUAGUGACACUGAUAGUGAAGCAACUAUGAAAAGGCACAAUACUGGAUCAGUUGAAUCAGGGAAAAAGUACAGACCUCUGUUUCUUGAUCAUUUUGAUAAAAAAGAAUCACAUGAAGUUGACAAGGGUAACGGACAGAUAAAUUUGAUUCAAACUUCAGAAGUGGAUAAUAAGCUUGUUGAAGGGCACAACCAAGCUCAAGCUCAGGUCACUAAUCAAAUUUCACUUCCAGUACUUGAACAACCAAUGAACAAUGUAUCAAAGAUCCAAAAUGUUUUCAAUGAACGAGAAUUUGACUUUCUUAAGUUCCUUUCAUUUGAUGAAUUGCAACACAGAAUGGAAAAUCUAGACGAUGACUUGGAGAAAGAAAUUAAUGAAAUUAAAAAAAGGUAUCAGACAAAACGUCAACCUAUUCUUGAUGCUAUGGACACCAAAAGAAAGCGACAGCAAAAUUUUUAAUGUGUAGCUAACUUUAAAGCAAAACAAAACUCGUGUGAUAAAAACCAAGAGUGUAAAUUUGUAUAAAUAGAUAUUUUAUAUUAACAACUUUGAAAUCAAUUGUGAAAAUAAUAAAGUAUCGACUAGGCAUGCCUGUCACUUUUCCUAGCGAUACAGAAAUUACAUGAGACGAUUUUUAAAUAAUGGUUCGUCAUGGAGAAAGUAAUUUUUACAUGAAUUGUAUAAGAAUGACUACUCUAAUACUUAAUUUUUUUUAUCAAUCUAAAGUAGUUAUCAUUAAAAAUAGUAUUCUUGCAGCAAUUUGAAGUGUACUAAAAGAAACAAGAAGCCUUAAAAAACUUUUUAGUUUUACGAGGAUAUAAAUGAAUGGAAUACACUAGAGUGUACAUGUACAUAAGACAAGUAGGGUGUUAAUUUUGCACAGGAACAUUUUUUAAACAUUGUAAUUUAAUAGUAGUAGCAUAAAAAAUUUUUUGUAAAAUAUGUGGAACUGCGAAAUU